AUAAAAUUGGUGAAUUAAAUUUGACUUUUACACCACGUAUAAUUUACGCUGAUUUUGAACAAGCUAUUCACUUGGCAAUUUCAAAGAUUUUUCCCGAAGUAGUUCGUAAAGGCUGUCGCUUUCACUUGGGCCAGACUAUGUGGAGAAAAAUCCAAUCACUUGGCCUAAGUAAGAACUUUAAAAAGAAAUCAGAAAUUGGCCAUUUUUUAAAAGUAUGCUUUGGAUUAUCCUUUUUAGAACCUGAGGAAGUUCAAAAAUGUUUUUCUGAAGAUCUUAUGACUAUAAAACCAAAUAAUCAGCAAUUAAAUGCUUUUUGUGACUUUUUUGAAAAAAAUUACAUUUUACAAAGCAGUAAAUUUCCACCAUCAAUAUGGGCGGAGUUUUCUAACAGUUUAAUGCGUACUACUAAUGCUUGUGAAGCGUUUCAUUCGAAACUCAAUAGUAUGUUCUACUCUUCGUAUCCAAAUAUUUUUYAAUUUUUAGAAGUUUUAAAAAAUGUACAAGCUGACAUUUACAUCAAAAUGCGUAGCUCAAAUCAAACACAUAAACGACGGAUGACUGUGGAAAAGGAAAAUUAUAUUCAUGAAAUUAUGCGUCAGUAUAAAGAUCAAGUUAUAACCCGUUUGGAGUUUGUAGAAAUUUUGGCAUACAAAAAUUUGCCAGUUUAA